UGACAUUUGACAAGACGUCAAUUGUCAAAUUAGCGUCAAGUGUUUUGUUAUAAAACUUAUAAAUAAACAAUUUUGUGUAAUUCUUUACGAAUUAACAGGAACAAUUGUUAUAAAACAACUAGUUAAUAAGUACAACGUUUACUUUGUUGUUAUUUGUGAUAAUAUAACAAUAUGUCGGCCAAAAACAAUGUAUCAGUGGAUGCUCGUCAAGAGUUAGCAGAACUUGUUAAAAGAAAAGCAGAGAUAGCGGAAACCUUAGCAAAUCUUGAACGCCAAAUUUACGCGUUUGAGGGUUCGUAUUUAGAGGAUACUCAAUUAUAUGGGAAUAUUAUUAGAGGGUGGGAUCGGUAUUUAUCAAGUAACAAAACAACAAACUCAAAAGCAGAUAAAAGAAAUAGGAAAUUUAAAGAAGCUGAACGUCUAUUUUCUAAAUCUUCUAUAACAUCAAUGGCAGCGGUUAGUGGAAUUGUUGACCAAAAUCAGGAGAAAAUGGAACCACACAGCGAUACCGAGUCUCAAACAAAUGAAGAUUCUAGUGAUACUAACUUAGGUCCUAAUUCCAAUCAUAUAGAUUCAGGAAUGAAAAAUGCAGGAAAACAUUCGACGAAUUCGUUGAAUGGUGUACAAAACGGUCUUGAUCAUCGGAAUAGCCCGAAUAGAGACAUUUCGGCUAAACAGAAAAGUUUUAGUGCAAGUGCUAAAAAAACUAAUAACAAGAAAGCCAGACACAGAUGACUUUUCGUGUUGUUCUCAGCUUGUAUGUGUGUUUACGGUUUGUAAGUUUUAAGAGUUUUGUUUUUCUAUAGUUGGUAGGAGUGAGUUUGGAAUCAAAGUUUUGUUUUUCUAUAGUUGGUAGAAGUGAGUUUGGAAUCAAAGUACCUGCAUAUUGAAAUUGUAAAAUUUUUACCAAUGUACUUUUUCAUUGUAAUUGAAUAAAAUGAUUCAGCAAUUAA